CUUUCACACUCAGACUUUGAUUCCAAUUGGAACAGUCGCCGCUGAUUUCGGGCGAAGAAAAAAAAAGUAGAUAAAAUUGCACUAAAUUCUACUGCACAUGACACUAUUCCUUGUCGCCAUUCAAAUUCAGCGGAGAAAAGGAGACCAUUUCUUGACUAUAUGGAGUGGGAAAAGCAACCGCCGCAGCAGGCGGAGGAGCCCGGCGGCGGAGGGAUGUUUGUCAAGGUCAUGACGGACGAGCAGAUGGAAGUUCUCCGCAAGCAGAUUGCUUGCUACGCUACCAUUUGCGAGCAGCUCGUUGAGUUGCACAAAUCCCUCACUUCCCAGACCGAUCUCGCUGGAGUGAGAUUGGGAAAUCUAUAUUGCGAUCCCCUGAUAACCUCCGGUGCCCAUAAAAUUACCGGAAGACAAAGGUGGACCCCAACACCUAUGCAGCUUCAGAUUCUUGAACGCAUUUUCGAUCAGGGGAUUGGAACACCGAGCAAACAGAAGAUCAAAGAAAUAGCCAGUGAGUUGUCUCAACACGGCCAGAUUAGUGAAACAAACGUCUAUAAUUGGUUUCAAAAUAGGCGUGCUAGGUCGAAGAGGAAGCAGCAGGCUGCACCAUCAAACAAUGCUGAAUCUGAAGUCGAGACAGAGGUUGAAUCCCCCAAUGAUAAGAAAACAAAGCCUGAGGAAUUUCAACCUCAGAACAUCCUAACCUCCAGAGCAGAGGAUCUCUGUUUUCAGAACCCUCAGACGAGUUCAGCAAUACGUUCUGUCGAUCCAAGAACCAGCAAACCUGAACCAAUGUUGCCCCCUGAAGGAAGCUCCAAGUUUGGGGGUAAUUUCGGGCAAAUGUCCUUCUAUGGAAAUAUGUUAUCAAAUCCGAGAAUGGACCAGUUCAUAGGAAAGAUAGAAGUUCCCGGGAACUACAAUCCUUAUUUACAGCAAGACGACUACAACAUGGAUGGAUAAGCAUAUAGGUCUCUUGACUUCUGGCAUAUGUGCUUUAUGAACUGAAAAUAUAUUAGUUUGAGCUGAUUAGUUACUUCUACUCGAACUUGGAGACUAAUGCUGAUCUUGUCAUCUCGACUCCACUUUGAAGAUGAAAUUUGUCUUGCCAUUUUGUUGGUAUGACGAAUGAAGUUAGUAUUAUGAUACAUAUAUCACUCCAGAGUCGGGCUUUAUUGUUCAUUUUCGAUUUGUUCUU